AUGCGACCGACGUCCUCGUUCUACAGAAUGGAUUCCAUCAUGGAUUAUACCUCCCCUUCCAACUCCUCCGACUCCCUUUCCCCCCUUUCCGCACCCGAUCACAUCUCGCCCCGAGCUCGACGCGGGUCCAACUCGAUCGACGCCACCGCUCCCGAGGGCAAGCGUCUUCGUUCGGUCGGUCCGACUGACUCGGGCUACUUCUCCGAUGCGUCGUCGGCGUCUCAACAAUCCUCCACUACCCUCGAUCGAUGGGUCUUGACCGCUGCCUCGGGUCUCUCUAGCUUUUCGAGGGGCUCUGCCUCGGAAUGCUCGGAUGACUCUGCCAUCGAUCUGCCCGAGGAAGAGGGUGCUCCGGCGCCACGCCCGCGAUUGCAGGCCGCUGCUUCGAUGCCUACACCACCGACGCGUCGCUCGUCUUCUCCCCCUCGUCCGGGCUCCUUUGACCCCGACAACGAACCUCCUUCUCCUCGACCUGCGACCUUGUCAUCGCGCUUCGAUGCUCGUCCAGGAGCGGCCCGAGCUUUCACCGCUCCAAGUGGCGACGGCCUCGCCGAAUCGGUGUCGAAAGCCCUUUCCUCGCUGCAAGUCAUCCCUGCUCAAGCCGAGGCUCACGACUCCCAGAUCGACGCUGCGUUCUUGCACGAUGCGGCUCAACGUGCCCAGCCUUCCGAUGAAGCUGCUUCCUCGGCAUCUGCACCUUCUGCUUCGCUUAACAAGGAUCGAUUCGUCGCGGGACUAGUUGGUGAGCUGCCUCGCCAUCUGCACACAACCAGAUAACAGAGGUCUACAUGAUUGCUGACAGAGGCGUCUGGUGUGGGGAUAUUCCAGGUGCAUCUGUGCUUGCCAUCGAGUCAAUCUGGGGCGCAAGCCAUUCGACGACCGAGGCCACCGUCACCGAUGGCAACGUGCUGCCCCUGCACUGGUUCGUCAAGGAGGUUCUGCGUCGUUCGCGCACUUCUUGCUCGACUCUGCAACUCGCUUUGUACUACUUGCACAAGUCGCGUCGCACGAUUCGUGAGACCGUGGCCCGCGCCGAGGACUCGCGCCCAGAGUACGUCCGCCUCGAAGUCCGUCUUCGUCGUGGUGCGGAUGCGGUCGCCGAUGCGGCGUACCCGUCUCCACCUCUGUUGCCCACGGAUCGUCACGUUGUUCCUGACGAGACCCGCUUCGCCCAACUGGCCGAGUCGCAACAAAGCCCUGUGCUCUGCGGAAGACGCAUGUUCCUCGCGGCUCUCAUCGCGGCUAGCAAGUAUCUUCAAGAUCGCAACUACUCGAACCGAGCGUGGGCUCGCAUCUCUGGCCUUCCCGUGCUCGAGGUCAACGCCAACGAACGUGCCUUCCUCGUCAUGAUCGGGUUCUCGCUGCACCUCGAUGCCACCGACUUUUGUCGUUGGACGCAGCGCCUGUCUGCGCUUACGAGUCAAGGCGCCGCGCUUGAAUCGGCGGCGGCUUCGUCCGCAAGCCUCGUUCGAUUGCGACCUACGCUCUCCGUUGCGGAGAUUCCGAUUGCUGAACCCGCGCGCCAGCCAUGCCCAGUCGUCGGUGACUCUAGCAAGCAAGCUCUUGACCGCCUUCGCUCGGCUCGGCUCUCUACGGGCCCGAUGGCGCUUCGCCAGCAACUCAGCCCAGAGGACUCUGAUGACGGCGGCUCGUAUGCCACGUCGUCUGGCGACGACGAGGCACCCUCUCACUGCUCGGCUUCAUCACAUUCGGUCAAGUCGUCUUUUGCUGGUCGCAAGGUUCGCGCGAUGCCUACUCGCCGCGCCGCAAUUCCUCUGACUCGAUCGAACGUGCGUCGUACGGCGUCGGCGCGCAACCCUGCCGCCGUGACCCUCGCCGUCGACUCUACCUCUGAAGUCGAAGCCGUUACUCAGGGUGCUGCGGUUCUGUCAUGGUGCCAAUCGAACUGUGCCUCUACGACAGGUUCGGCGGUGGCAGUGGCAUGA